CCGUCGCCCCUUCAAAAUCGAAAUAUAUAAUCAUUGCCUCAAUCACUUCCUCCUCAUUCUCCUCCCCCUUUCAAAAUCCUCCCACCUAAACCAGAAACCAGCCCUUCCUCCAUAGAUCUCAUCUCUCUCUCUCUCUCUGUGUCCAUCUCUCUGUCUUUCUGAAAUGGAGAACCGCCUGAAGCUUCGCAUCUCCCGCAUGUUCCACUCCUCCUUCUCCUCCUGCAAGCCCCGGCCCGACGCCGCCUCCGCCGCAUCCUCCGACGUCGUCGAGAGCUCCCGCUUCGCUUCUUCCACGGAGCCGCUCUUGCCCCACAAGCCUCGCCCUCCCUCCCUCUGCGGACCCCAGGAGAACCGCCCUGCCGCCUCCGCCGUCGUCGACGACGCCUGCAUUGUCCCCGCCAAGGCCGCCCGCGAUCGCCCCCGGCAGAAGUUAUCGGGCCGGGACGUCCGCAACGGCCGCUUCUGCCCCCCGACCUCCCCCGUCUCGUCUCUGAGCCGGAUGUUCACCGGCGGGUUCAGGGACGAGUAUUACCAUUGGCAACCUCAUCUCCAUCGCCACGGUCGCGGCGGGUUCGAAGAGUGUCGCAAGAAAAACGUGGCCAAGAAGAGCAAGAGCAAAAGCAAGAAGAGCAGCGGCAAUGCUACGCGCCCUCUGAGCUUCAGCUCGUCCUCGCAGAGCACUUACUACGACGGCGACCUGUUCAGCAGCGACGACGAGCGAGAGGACGACGAGACGGAGACCCUGUUCUCUUCCCGGAGCCUCUCCUCCGACUCCUCCGAGUCCCAGCGCCGCCGCCGCCCCGUCCGGGGGCCGAGCUCUCGCCGGAGGAGGAGGAGGAGAGCGGCGGCCGCGGACGUCAUGCCCCUGGGCGAGGACGACGGCGGCAACAUGGAGGGGAGCUUCGCGGUAGUGAAGCGGUCGAGCGACCCGUACGGUGACUUCAGGACGUCGAUGGUGGAGAUGAUCGUGGAGAGGCAGAUGUUCUCGGCCAAGGACCUGGAGCGGCUCCUGAACUGCUUCCUCUCCCUCAACUCCCACCACCAUCACAAGACCAUCGUCCAAGUGUUCACCGAGAUUUACGAGGCUCUGUUUUCAAACUGGUGUUGAGAAAAAAAAAA